AUGGAUCACAAUGGUGUGGACUUCACCCCAGCAAAGUUUGCGCAGAUUUACAUCGUGGAUGACGACCUGAAAAAGAGAGCGGAGCUGCGAAAGGGGAUUUUUCAUGAACUGGACGUAAAAAAGCUUACGACACUCGAGCGAAUGAUGAGAGCUUACAACCCAUUCGGCCAACAGUUUCUAUCACACGCAGACCGGCUCCGGCAGAACAUUGAGAAAGGAAAGAGUGUCCUAGACCUGAUGUAUGAGCUCCAUGCCGACAAUCGCAGGUCGCGGACUACCAACUUGCCCAACGUGAACGAGGUUGGAGCUGUCAUCGUUGACGACAGAAGCGUUAACAAGGAGAUGGACACCGUGUUGCACACGGCGCGGAACAGCCUCCUUCGCAUUUUCGAAACGAACCCGAUGUAUGAUCCGCUUCAGUACUCACUGUUGUUUCCGCGGGGAGAACUUGGGUAG